AUGACGGCGACGUUCCUGUAUAUCCUGGCUGGCGAGGGGCAUCGGGCGCGCUGCGUGCGGACUCUUCUUGUGGCCAGAACCGCGUUCAACAUCUUUGCGGAGGACGACGCGGGCGAUUUCUGCUGCGCUGCACUCUUGGCAGAUGUGCUUCAAAAGGCUAUGAACAUGCGACACCUUGAUUUGGAGCCUAUUGAACAGCUUGCAGCAGCAGAUCCGCGAGUGGCCACUGCGUUAUGCGCUCUCGAGCGCUUGUCCAACCUCACGUUGAGGCUUGCGCACGCGAAGACGUUACAAGCUAUACAGCAAGCAUCUUUCAGGCCACACCACCUAUGCAUAUCCGGUCUCAACAAAGAGGAUGACCUCUGCGACGCUACCACGCUGCUCUCAUCCCCAAUGCUCCAACACGUCCGGUCCCUCAUGUUGGUCACGAUGCGUAUGACCAGAGAUCCUCAUCAUGACACAGUUCUUUGGCCUACGGUGAGGGACCUAAGGGUUCAGGAGUGCCAAAUCUCUAUGGCUACGCUUGUCCGUAUAUUCCCCAACAUUCACAACGUCUUCAUCACUGAUAGGUCGGACCCGACGGCGAUCAUGGACGAAUGGCCCGUUGUAUUCAACGUGAACGCUAUCGAUUCUAACAUUGGCCGACGGAGGCUCGCUUUGCCAUGGCUUACCAUAACGGACGAACCUUGGCUCGCGUCUGCCGAAAAGGCAUGUUGGUCAUCCCUCGAUUACGCAUAUGGCGACUCGAGGGACUUCAUGCGCUGGAAGAUCGACUGCAAGGUCCGCUGGCUCGAGCUCGUCCCCGAACCUGACAUUAGGGCUUGGGAAAUGCUGUCCGUCACCCGCCGUACGUCACCGGUCGUGCUGUCUCUGGAGGUCUCAGCGACGUUGGGAUUCGUUUUCUGGUAUAACCUCACCUGCACUGCCCCUCAUCUGCGCUAUCUCGACAUCCGACUGUCAUACGGGAUAAUGGAGCGGGAAUCGUUCUGGGAGUACUACGCGUCAAAGACGUUUUCGCGGCUGCCUUUGGUCGCGCUGCGCUUAAGCAUGGUCGAUUAUGACAUGUACGAAUAUACGGUUGACGAGAAAUCUCCUCGCUUUAUGAUCUGCUUGAACUGGAAUGUUCGCGCGAGGGACUUGGCCGCUAAACUCGCCGACAAAAUCCCCUCCCUCCGGAUCAUCUCCAUCGGCGAAGGUAGAAUGCUGUUUGAUAGCGGCCCGCAGCGUUUUUGUUUCAUUGGUAGAGCACAAUGGUGGACGAUCACGACUGCCGAUGGACAUGAUUGCGAGACGAGCGAAGACAGUGGCAACUCAGAAGGCGAGGAUGUCGAUGAAGAAGGGCUGAACAGUGAAGAAGAGGCUGAUGGCGCCGAAGCGCUUCAAGAUGAUCUGUUCAUCGAGAAUAUGGAAGAUAUCAACGGCAGCCAGUCUGGCGAGGGCUAUAGGGAUGAAGCUAUGGACGAAGCAAGGGACGAUGACUCCGAUGAGGCGAUUCAUCUGGACGCCUUACUCGAGCCGAACCUCUCCCGACGAAUGACACCAAUUUCGAGGCAAUUUGGCGAGCACAUACGUGGAUAUCUCGAAUCGGGCGAGUUCACGGAAACGUCGCCAUUUGACGACGGUCUGUUGAGAACGCUGGCGCAAACGCUGCCACGAGAACCCGAGUCCGUGUAUUUUAACAUCGCUUCUGCGGUGAUGAUUGACAAUAUUUCUCUAGGCCAGACAUGGCUUCGGACGGUGUGA